GAGAAAACAUGUUGUCUUCUUCUUCACAACACAUUGCACACCUCAUGAAUCGUUAUGUCGUUCCCUUCAAAAAUUGAAAAUAGCUUCUGCGGCAGCCGACAGGGGAAUCUACAUGCACCGCCGGUGGAAUUAAAUUAAACAAACAAAAUCAAAGAAAACAAUAGAUGUUGCGGCGAGGGAACAUGACAACAAACCUGAAACUGACGGAGAGUGCAUCGUCGACGGAAACUGACGGGGAAGCUGUACCAGCGUCGGCGAUGCAGUCGAGCGUGCUGGGGACUACGGAGAGGAAGCGGCACAGGGUCGACGGAGAGGUUGCGGUGCUGGGCUGCCACGUCGCGGUCCGUCGGUCUGAGUGCGCCGGCGUCGGAGAGAACAUCGAUUGCCGAUUGGGGAUCCAAUUGGCGGCGAGACUCGUGAUGGUGAGGGCUGGCGGUUGGGUUAGGCAGGCAGGGAGCGAGACUGCGAGAGAGGGGAGGGGAAUUACUAAUUAUUAAUAUGUAAUUACAAAUUCCUUUUCCUAAUAGAGAACCGAUUGCAAG